UUCUAGCUAGUAGCUAAUUAGCUAAACCAUAUGGAGGUGGAGAGGCAAGAGAUUAGCCGCCACAACCAGGCGCUCAAUACGGAGGAGACAAUGAACAAAUCCCUGAAUUUGAAGAGGUCCCUCCUCUUGCUAAAUUGUGCCCUGUUGGUCCUUGGAAACUGCGGUGGCCCGCUAUUAAUCCGACUCUACUUCCUGCACGGGGGUAAAAGAAUUUGGUUUUCUAGCUGGUUGGAGACCGCAGGCUGGCCGAUCCUUCUAUUGCCUCUCUUGUUUUCAUACUCGUACCGCCGUAGUCAGGAUCAGGGAGAGGAACGAGGUUCAACGAGGCUCUUCCUUAUCAAGCCUCGUCUCUUCGCCGCUAGUGCAAUUCUGGGCAUCAUCACCGGCUUGGAUGACUACCUUUAUGCCUACGGACUUUCUCGUCUACCCGUAUCUACCUCUGCUCUCAUUGCUUCUACUCAACUUAUCUUCACUGCAAUUUUUGCUUUUUUCCUAGUUAGACAAACCUUUACAUCUUAUUCCAUCAACUCAAUUGUUAUGUUGACAAUCGGAGCGUUAGUGAUGGCCCUUCAUACAGGCAGUGACCGCCCCUCUAAUGAGUCCAACACUCAAUAUUACACGGGUUUCUUUAUGACCAUCGGAGCAUCCGCACUAUAUGGGCUUGUGCUACCCUUGGUGGAGCUUACAUACAAGAAAUCCAAUCAGCUCAUAACUUACUCUCUUGUCAUUGAGAUGCAGCUGGUGAUAUCCAUCUUUGCCACUGCUUUCUGCUCCCUAGGGAUGCUCGUCAACAACGAUUUCAAGAGCAUUCCAAAAGACGCAAGUGAGUACGAGAUUGGGGAAGCAAAGUACUAUUUGGUGAUAGUGUGGAGUGCGAUCCUUUGGCAAUUGUUUUUCUUGGGAUUGGUUGGGGUUAUCUUUUGUGGCUCCUCAAUGCUCGGUGGUAUUAUAAUUGCUGCUGUAAUCCCGGUGACAGAGAUCUUGGCCGUCAUCUUCUGCCGCGAGAAGUUCAAAGCUGAGAAGGGAAUUUCCCUCGCCCUGUGUCUAUGGGGUUUCACCUCAUACUUUUACGGUGAGAUCAAAGGACCAAGCAAGAAAAAUUCUGAGACUCCACAACCAGAUACGACACCUUAUGUUUGAUCUUGGUCCGUCAGUUCGUCCAGCUUACAACGAAGGAUCCUUUGAUUUUUUUUUUUUUUUUUUUUUUAUAUAUAUAGAUCAAUUUCUUGUUUGCUUGAUAUGAGCGAUUGGUUGAGAAGAUUAUUGUUGGAGUUUAUCCUU